AAACUUUGAUAUAUUACUCUUAUAUCUACCUAUUUCCUAAUAAGAUAUAAAACAAGUAAAUCGAAACAUAAAACAUACUAUUAUCGAAAACUAUCAACUCAGGCAAAAUCUUAUAAGAUGUGAGAAAAGGACAGCCUAUCGUCUCUGUCCCUCCUAUAGGUCGGAACUAUCAAUAUUCUAACUAGUUUCCCCGCGCCACCGCUUGGCGUCGUGGCAAUCGUUUAGACAAAUUCUUAUAAGAUUGUUGGAGAGAACGAGACGGAAUAUCGCUCUGAACUAUCAAUUUUACAAUGGUUUACUAUGGGCAAAGCUAUCUAUUAUUGCGAUAUCCGACUCAUUCUAAUAAGACAACAAGGGAAUGAUAUUUUUAAUGUGUAUACAACCGAUACAUGUGAAAUCAAAGAUACAUUUUAUAAAUCAAUCUCAUAUUGUCGUAAGUUCAUUUCUUCUCGCUUCGGUCGUAAAGCGGUCGUCUCGUACACUUUGCGUUACCUAUUUGACAUAAUGCCACCUCUAUCUCUCAUUGCUGACAUGUGUCAGUUAUGUAAGACUCUUUCUUUAGGCCUUACAAAUUUGUAGCUUUUAGUAUAUACUAGCGGCCGCCCGCGACUUCAUCCGCGUUAACUUUUAGUUUUUUUUUUAUUUUAUUAAUAAAAGAUUUUUUAUUAAUAUAUAAUAAAAUACUUCUUUUAAAUAAAAGUUAGCCUUAGUUACUCCUUAUUACAUCAGCUACCUGUCAAUAAAAGUCCCUUCAAAAUCUGUCCAGCCAUUACCGAGAUUAACGGGAACAAACAGAUUUAAAAAAAAAGUUAUUUUGGUGUAUGUACCGUAUAUAUAUUCAUAUAGUAUAUACAUGUACAUAAAUGUAGUAAAAAGCGGUUAUUUCAAUAUUACAAACAGACACUUCAAUUUUAUUUAUAUGUAUGGAUGUAUAGAUUUUUUUAUUCUUUUUACCGGCCCUCUUGGCAGUACUGAUUCAGAGUCACAGUCACAUAUAAUAGAUAAUAAAUGAUGUUUUAUUAUUGGCUGGCAAUACCGCUGGAAUGUCAGAAUUCCGAUAAGUUCAGAAUCAGAAUUCGAUUCAAUUCGAUUUACAAAAUUGAUUGCUCAGUGCAAAAUUCAAUAUUUGUGCCAUUGUGUAGAGUGAGUAAAGAAAGCAAUUAGUAGAAAUCCAUCCACCAAAGAGUACUUUUUAUAUAUAUCCACCAAUCGUCGAACGAAAGCAGUAACGAUAUUGUAUUGUUCUGCAAUAACGAAAACAAUGGAUACACAUAUUUUUCAAGGUGUUGUGGAUAGAUAUAAUGGUGUUACUAUAGAUUCUAAUAAAGAAUUUUGUGACAUAGAGCAGUUUUCAAAAUUGUUGUGUGUUUCGCUACAAAAAUGGAUUGAAGAAAAAAAAAGAUGCAUUUGGUUUAGAGUCAAUAUCAAGCAUGCUGCUUGGGUUCCAAUAUUAGCUGAUAAUGGAUUCACAUUUCACCAUGCACGAGAUAAUUUUGUUAUGAUGUAUAAAUGGCUACCAUUGGAUACAUUAGCAAAUUUACCACCAUCUUCCCAUACCAAUCUCGGAGUGGGAGGUUUGGUAAUCAAUGACAAAAACCAAAUGUUAGUAGUGAUCGAGAAGCACACAGAGAUUGCGCAUUGGAAACUUCCUGGAGGCUAUGUUGAAAGAGGUGAAGACUUAAAAGAUACAGCAGUGAGAGAAAUAAAAGAAGAAACCGGUGUUGACGCAGUAUUUGAAUCACUUGUGACCUUUAGACACACUCAUAAUGCAAUGUUUGGUAAUUCAGAUAUAUAUGUUGUUGUAUUGCUCAAAGCAACUUCUGAUAAAAUAUGCAAGUCAGAUAUAGAAAUCAAGGAAUGCCAAUGGAUGGGAAUAGAUGAGUUUUUGAAUCAUCCAAAUACAAUUAAUUUUAAUAGAUUGAUAGUAAAACAAGCAUUGGAUUUAAAGGAAAGGAAAUUGAAGCUAAAUUUGAACAAAACUACUUUGCAAUUUGGAAAAAUAACCCGUGAUAUUACAGCACUUAUGAUUGAAGAUUUAUUAUAAUUACGUGUAUGAGUAGACCAGGUACUAAUAAUAGGUAAUAGGAAGAUUUUUAGUUUUAAUAUGAAUGUAAGUUAAUAAGUUCAUAAUUUAAAUUGUUACAAUUUUAAUUAAAUGGUAAUGACGGUAAAGAGAAAAGGGUUUGACGCAGACAGAAUAUGUACUUCGCAAAAUGAGCAUUCUGCUCAAAGCAUAGAUGCAGUAGGUGCGUUUCUCACCAGGGGCUUUUCCCAUUAUGUGUAUUUCACAAAAUGACAAUUUCUCAAAAUGUUAACUUCGCAAAAUGCGCAUUUUUCUAGGGUAUGGCUAAUGUGCUGUGUGUAGUAUAUAUAUAUCCCAAAAUAAUAAAAUAUGGUUCUGUAUGGAUAUUAUUAUUAUUGUAUUUUAUUCAUGGCCCAAUCUCCCUAUUCCAUCCAUAGGGAAGGCUUGUGCCCCAGCAGUGGGGACAUUAAUAGGCUGAUGAUGAUGAUGAUGAUGGGUAUUGUGUAUUCAAAAUAAAAUAAUGUUACCAAGUAAAAAAAUCAUUAUUAAAAAUAUUAAGUUAUUAAGUCGAGACUAAGUUUGGAUUAUCAGUUAAAUAUUUCUACUUAUUAUUUGUAAAUAAUAGAGGCAUUCAACCUAAUACAUAGUUAUUUAUAAAUAUACCCAUUACUCAUGCAGAACACUUUAUUUUUAUUUUGGGACUGAUCUUUGUUACGCAUCACAUUUAGCCAUAUUCUAGAAAGGUGCGCAUCUUGCGAAGUUCACAUUCUGCAUCAAACCCAUCGAAAAAAAAAAAUCUUCGUCAAAAAUUUGAUGACAAUAUCCAGUUAGCUAUAAGCUUAAAUUAUAUUUAUAAGGUUUUACGGGUAAUAUUGAAAGGUUUCUUUUUAUAAAGAGGAUCUUCAAUAAUUUUUCACUAGUCGCUCUUAGUAUCUUUUUAUUUUAUUGAUAUUUUGCAAGGUCCACUAUGUUAAGCAGCCGAGCUGCCUUUCAGUGGCACUAAAAGUGUUAUUUGCGCUGAUUGGUUCUUUCCUAUUCACGUAGGUACCUAACCAAUAAUUAAAAUAUUCUGCAAAAAAACUGACAUCUUUCAAUGAUAAACUUUUAACAAACUAUCUAUAAUAAAUUUAUUAGUUUAUUUUCGCAAUAUAAUUAUAAUACAAAUUACCAAUAGUCAAGUCUGUAAAAAAAGGUACAAAAGAUAACAUUAUAUAGUUAUAUGUAUAUGUCGCAGGCAAUUAUACUUUGUAUUUUAUAAUAUAAGACUUUGUAACCAUUCUUUAGAGAAAUAAAUACAUUAUUAUUAUUAAUUAGUAUGAUUCCGCGUUUUACAAACGGCGUCGUCCAUUUAAAAACGCUCGCUGUUUUAAAAUAUGCCGACAACAAUAGGCAAAUUAGCGACUAAUUCAAUUGUUAAAAUUUCGACUUUGAUUGUUAUAGCAGCAUGACGUAUAGUAAAAUCCAAACUCCAAAGUCUACAACACUUGGCGAGCGUAGCAGUAACUGGAUGCGAGAACAACUCCAUCGGCUGCAUUAGAGUACCUCCUGAACUUAAGACUCCCAGACCCGGUCAUACAAGUAGAGGCGAAAGCAGCGGACUUGAGACUAAGGUCUCUGUACUUACAGAGAUAAAACACUAUAACAACACACUCCAAUAUUCUACAAACGUGCAUGAAGGAGAUCCCACUCCCGGAGGCACCUGUGGACAGAAUAUUGGGUCAACACGUCUUGAUCGAAGAUACGACAUCCAACAUGGAAAAGGCAGAUUACUCUGGCGCCGAGGAAGUUAGGAUAUACACAGAUGGCUCCAAAACCAAAAGUAGUUCUGGAACCGGUGUCUUCUCGAACGACCUGAAUAUAAAAAUAUCUACAACCAUAGACAAACUAAGCACAAUCUUCCAGGAGGAGUGUAUUGGCAUUACACACAGUGACAGUGCAUCCGUGCUUCAAGUCCUACGUAGCAAUACAAUAAACUCUGUCCUAGUAAUGGAGUGCCACAAGGCACUUCAAUCCAUUGCGGUAACCAACACGGUAACUGCAAUGGAUUAAAGGAUACAAAAACCUUAUUGGAAACGAUGCAGCAGACGAAUUAACUAAGAGAAGAGCUGUCUCAAAAGUAUAUGGUCGGAACCUUUGCUGCCCAUACCUCAGGCUCAAAUUAAAACGUGGCUGCGUGAAAGAACUCAGAAAUCACACUUCACAGAAUGGAAAACAGGUGAAGGUUGCCAGAAAACGAAAAACGCAGUACCGGCUGCAAACAAGAGACUUCUCGCAGCAGACUAAAUAGGGACAAACUUCGCAAGAUUAUAGAAACCCUGACUGGUCAUUGUCCCCUAAACAACCACCUAUAUGCAAUAGGAGUAACAGACGCCCCCUAGGCAGAGGAUGCAUGGAGGCAGAAGAAACGCCACAGCAUGUCAUCAUGGAAUGCAGGAGUGUGGCCGAUCAGCAACGGGCAUGACUUCUCCAGAAUCGCUUCCGGAAGCUUACAGCAGUCUGUCGGCUGCUUUCCUUCUGGACUAAUAUAGGCUGGCUGGAGUAAGCUGGGAAUAUUUCGAGACACGCACACUGGUCCAAUAGUUAAGACUAAGUGCGGUAACCGCCCGGAAAAAGUAAACUAAUGCUUGUCCAAUAGUCGACCAGUGAUAAAUUUUGGACCUUCUUGCUAUGGUUAGCCUUAGGUACCUUUGCUAAUGCUUGUCGAGUUAAAUUUAUCAGUUUUUUUAAUGAAAAGUAGCAACUUACUAUGAUGGCCUGUUUGAAUGCAGCUGGGCAAGUAGUUGCAUCUAUGAUUGUAAAUAUGUCGCAGGCAAUUUGUAUGAUUCCGCGUUUUACAACGGCGUCCUCCGUUUAAAAACCCUCGCCGUUUUAAAAUAAGCCGGAGGCAAAUUGGCGACUCGAUAAUUGUUAUUUUUUUCUCAUUGAUUGUUAAGAAAAACUAAUUGGAAGAUAUAGAAAAGAGAAAAAGAAAGCGAGAUGAGAAGAAAACGACCAAAAUUAAAGCAAAAACUAAAACAAUAAAAAAGAAACAAAACUUGCUUAUUAUUCAGAGUGACAGUGAAUCAGAAAGUGACACAAUUAAUACUCUGAAAAUAAAGAAAAUGAAAAUACGCAGACAAGGGAACCUACAUCGGAUUCCGAUAACGAAUCUCUUAAAUCUAAUCUGAUUAAUUAAUUUUAAUUUAAUCUGCAAAGAGCAAAAGGAUACGUAAAGGAAAUAAUGUCAUCAUCAUUUAAUAAGUAUUUUAUCUUGGGGUUGUUGAAAAUGUUGAAGCAGAUUUAUUUGAAAUGAACACCAUGAUUUUUAUCUUGGCAAAUACGUUUAAAUGGCCAGAAAAUCCCGAUAAAAUCUGAUACCAUCAAAAAGAUGUGGUGGAAGUAAUAAAUGCACCUUCGCUCUCUAAUGAGAGAAGUUUUUAUGCAAUAAAAGAAAUGGACAAUUCCCGUCCAUUUAGGUACUGUUUGAAAAAUUAUGUUGACUUCUUAAAGCUUGCGCUAGUGUUAAUUUAAUUUCAUGAUAAAACAUGAUUUGCUUUGUAAAUUUCGUUUUAUUCGCACGGCUCUAUAUGGUCAAUUUCAUAAUGGUACAUUCUAGGUCAGGCUUUGGAGUUUGCUGGUCAAGUAGUUGUGCACAUGUAUAUAUAUUUUUAUAACUUGAUAUUCUAUGAAGUUUUCCCUGAACAUACUAAAGUUCACAUAAUAAUUUACUAUAUUUGAUCUUGAAAUACGUAAUGAAACAAGUCUGCUGCACUGUUUCAAGUAGUAAAAGGCGCUGGUCAACUAUUAGGACAUCAACCCUACUACUUUUGAACCAUCCCAUUUGACGAUGACGAUACGAUUACGGAUCUGUCAAAAUUCGUGGGCCUCAGGCCUCCAGAAUGGUAUAAAGGUAAUAUAUAAGUGCACUUCAUUAAUAUUAAUCAGUCAUCUGACUAACACAAUAUGUAUGAAGAAAAAUAAUAAAAUAACUGGAGUUACAAAAGUGGCGUAACCAGUAUAACAAAUUAAGUGCUGACUGCAUUUCUACAUGAACAUUCCGUUAUUUACUUUUAUAUUUUGAUUGGAUUUUACAUUUAUUCUUUAUUGAAUUUUGUUUGAUAUAUAAAAUUGAUAAUUUUAUUUUAUACAAUAAUCUUUAAUGUAGUAGCGUGUUUGGGAAUUGUUUUAAUAAAAAAUAUCCUCUA